CAACGACUAGAAUGCCUUCAAGGUCACUGGGGCAUUUGCACGCCGGGAACACUACUGUUGAAUUUCACCGCGUUCAGGCGUUAUUUUGCUAAUCCUGUGCUCGCAAUAUACCUCACCCUCUUAAUUAUUAGAAACUAGGAACUGACGUACCUCUUGCAAAUGGUUGCUGACAUUAUAGAUCACAAGGUACAUUUCGUGAAGUCGGAUAUUUCGCUGUACGAGGAUUCAUCUCUUAUAGAUACUGGAACCGUGAAAAUAACUGAAAGUUGCUUUUCAUGGGAAGGCACAUCACUACAAUUUUACAUUCCCUACUUACAAAUCGCGUUGCAUGCAAUUGCAAGGAAUACAGAUAACCAAACAGGAAAUAACGUGUUCCCUCAUCCGCAUUUAUUGAUAAUGGUAGAGGGAGAUCGAGUUUGGGACCCAAACAGUGCAAGUGAAUCGAAGCCACAAACUGAUGAAAAUCAGAUGGCGGUCGACGAAACUGAAUCUGGAGAUGAGGAUGCGAGCGAUCAAGGCAAUCGUGAUGUAGAUUUUCCUAGUACUACAUCUAUUCUGCGUCUGGUUCCAUCUGAUUGUGCUCACUUGGAAGACAUGUUCAAAGCAUUAGCUGAAUGUCAAGCUUUAAAUCCUCAUCCCGAAGAUGAUAACUCUGAUUUGGAUAGUUUACCAGAAGAUAAUGAAUAUGAGGAGAAUGAUGAGGAUGCAGAAUUAGAAAACAAUGCUUGUAAUAAUGGGACAAAUUUCGAUCCGGAUCAGUUCGCUGAUGCAUAGAAUUUCAAUAUGCAUUCAGAUGUAUAAAAUAAAUGUAUUUUUUUCUAAUAAAAGUUGUCAUUGA